AUGGCCAGACUUCACUCCUCAGUUCAACAGCAUGGCCUGGCGCGUUUCGCGUCCCUCACCGUGCUCGCACUGGCCUUGCUCGGGACUGGUGGCGUGUUUGUGUCCGCCUCCGCGCCAAUCGUGCCUGGGAAAUGCAUCAAGUCAUCGCUCGCUUCCCUUGGAUACACGAAUGCUGUCUCUCUCACCAACGGGUUAAUGCUCCACUGGAAGAACGUCAGCCCAACCAGCAUCAAUUUCGCGUUGGAGGCAAAGGCUGCGUCCAAAGCAAGCAAGGGCUGGCUGUCCCUGGGAUUCUCCAAGGACGGCAAGAUGACGGGCGCAGAUGCGGUGAUCGGCAACCUGGCCGGCGCGAAGCCGAUCAACGCGUAUUUUAUGAAGAGCAUCGCGCUCGGCGAUGUGAAGCCGACGACGAAGUUCACGGUUACGAAUGCGAAGAUGGAUGUGAACCCCCAGCGAACCAUCGUGAAGUUCACUCGCUCCGGCUCUGCGGGUACCGUCCCUGUGAAGUAUGGUGCGAAGAAUCUCCUCCUUUGGGCAUUCUCCGCUGACGGCAAGAAGGCCCUUGGCCCGCUCAACCACUCGCCGUCGAACAGGGGCGUCGUGUCAGUCAACCUGGGCUGCAAGGUGUAA